CAUACACACACACCGGGCUCAUCCACAUCUCUACAAUGACACUGGAAAACCUGCGUGAGGAAUACACUUCACUUAAGUGAUUGUCUUUUAUCUGCAUGAGAAUAAAACAAAAAAGGAACAAUGGAACCCAUAACAAAGUGGACUCCAACUCAGGUUGUGGACUGGAUGAGAGGACUGGAUGACAGUCUCCAGUACUACAUCCCAAACUUUGAAAAGAAGAAGAUUGACGGGCAGCAGCUAUUGAAAAUCUCACACCAGGACCUGGAGGAGCUUGCAGUUAGCCGCGUUGGACAUCAGGAACUCAUCCUUGAAGCUGUGGAUCUUCUCUGUGCUCUGAACUACGGGGUGGAGACUGAAAAUCUGAAGGCUCUUGUUGGUCGGAUGAGAGCGGCUUCUAAUAACCUGCAGAACUGUGCUUCGGAGAGGAGGAAAAGCCCUUCGAAUGACAGCAGCACUUUAAACAAACCACCCAAUGAGUUCCUGACAGCAGUUGUGGAGCUUAUAGGAUCAGCAAAGGGCAUGCUGGCCUGGCUGGACAGGACGCCUCUGACAGGCAUCAGUGACUUCACCUCCAUUAAGAACAGGAUCAUCCAGCUGUGUUUAGAGCUCACCACCACUGUGCAGAAGGACUGUGCUGUGUAUGAAAUGGAGGAGAAGAUACUAGAAGUGGCUCGAGUUUUAACUGGAGUCUGUGAGGCGACCCGGAGGACGGCCUUUGAUCCCAUGAAGAGCCGCACUACCUGUCUGGAGCAGGUCCACAUCACUGAUGUCAAACCAGAAGAGGGAUUAGGCAUGUACAUUAAAUCUACAUACGAUGGACUGCAUGUCAUCACCGGAACCACAGAAAAUUCUCCAGCAGACAGAACUCAGCGCAUCCAUGCUGGCGAUGAAGUGGUGCAGGUCAACCAGCAGACAGUGGUGGGCUGGCAUCUGAAGAACCUCGUGUCCAAAAUGAAGGAGAACCCACACAGUGUGGUGCUCACGCUGAAGAAGAGGCCUUCAGGAUCGGGCAGCUUCACUCCUGCUCCACUGAAGAACCUGCGCUGGAGGCCUCCGGCUGUGCAGAGCAUUCCUCCUGGCCAUGCUGCUUACUCAUCCAGUGUAGAAAGUUUUGCUCAGAAAGAGAAGCCAGCCAUUUUUGAUCUGUAUUUACCACCACCUCCAGCUGCGCCCUACAUGCCACGGGAGGUGAAGGACGGCACGUGUCCUCAGACCAGAAUGAGGCAAAAAGCUCCUGAUUCCCCUAACUCGUCUCUGGACCGAGCUUCUAGACGGCGUUCUAAUCUUAUAGAUUACAUCAGCAAACCUAACGUCAGCGUCGCUCCUCCUGAGCCCGCCAUCCCGCAGGCCCGACUUCGCCAGCGCACGGCCUCCAGAGGGAAACCGCGGCCUGUGUCUAUGCCUGCAGACUCAUGUGUAGGCCUGUCUGAUUCCCCCUGGGCUUUUGGAAGGAAAGGCGAAGACGUUUUACGCAUGUACAUGAGCAAUGAGCGGAUUCCCCCCAUCGCUGAGGAAGCCCCGUGUUUUCCUGUGCCAUACCGGGCGGUUAGUGAGAAGCAUCUCUUACGAGGGGUCGACCAUAUCCGCGGAAGUCAGUGCUUCAUUAACGCCGAUCUGCAUAGCAGCGCCACCGUACUGUACCGGGACACCACGCGGCGCAAGAGCAGGACCACACGGUCCUCCAAGAGGUCCUCGGAGCCUUCGCCUCUGAGCGCCUGGUUCGCACGACUGAAACUCUUCACAAACCUCUUCAGUGUUGCUGCUGCAGAAGUGAGUGAUGUGCAGGAGGCUCUUCCUUUAGAAGAUUUCCCCACUGCGACUUGCCAGGGCGAUGCCACGAUGAGUCGGAGGAGGGUCUCGGUGAAGGACCUGGGACAGGCGGACUGUCAAGGCUGGCUCUACAAAAAGAGAGAGAGUCGGGCGUUCCUGAGGAACAAAUGGAAGAAAUACUGGGUCGUGCUGAAAGGAUGCUCUCUGUACUGGUACACAAAUGUAAUGGCUCUGAAAGCGGAAGGCUACAUCAACCUGAGCGACUUUACUGUGGACCAGGCACACAGCUGCAAAAGGAAGUUUGCUAUAAAGGCCAGCCACCCGCAGGUCGUGACUCUCUUCUUUGCUGCCGAGAACUCACAAGAUAUGUACAAGUGGUUAAGUAAGCUCACUGAAGCCUCUAACAAGAAAGAACUCAAAGAAGUUGUUACUGAAGGCAUAGAGUGUUACAGUGAAGACAGCGAUGAUGAAGAUGAUGCUGAAGAAAUAGGAGGUCUAGACUCCGAGCAGCUAACCACAAGCUCAAUCAAUAUGCAGGGAUGUCUUCCUCCACCACGGUGCAGCUCGUCCCCUUGCCAGGAAAUGCUCCCCCUUGUGUCUCCAGUGUGUAACACCUCAGAGUGUGUGAGUUCUGACAGCGAGUCGUGGCUGGAACUCAGCUCUGACUCUCAGGGCCCGACGUGCGUCAGCGACAUCGGCCGGCUGCAGGAUUGCCAUGGUGACGAACGGCCGCCAUCUGACGAGCUGGAGAUGCUGUACCUGCACCUCAAACACGCCAGCCUGUCCCCAUGCGGAGACCUGCAGCCAGUGACUAAGCGCGACUACAAAUCGUCCUUCAUCAGACGCUGCAAAAACGACACCAUCAACGAGAAGCUGCACCUGGUCCGAGCUCUCAACAGUACCUUAAAGUCUAAAGAGGCUGACCUCCAGACUAUUGAGCAGGUCUUGGCUGAUUCAGCGUUAGAUGCCAAUAAGUACAGAAAGUGGAAAAGUGCGAAUGUUCUUCUGUUGGAGGAUAUCACCCAGAAAAUGAGCACAGUAGAGGAAAAACCAAGUGCUCAGCCUGAGCAGAGGCCAUCCCCAACACCAGUCGUGUUUGUAGAGACCAGCAUGUGAGCAUGAAACGUGUAUAAUAUAGGUUGUUUUUCACCUUUGAUCAGUGUUCAUUUGUUUAAUUAGUUUUUGAAUGUGUAAUAAUUAGGGAUGUUAAACAUUUAUCCUCUGCUCACAGUUUACUAAUGAACUGUAUAACUGUAAAUUAACUUGUUUUGGAAUUGCACAAGUGCUUUAGUCACUAGAAUGAUUGCAAAAGGCAUGUGAAGUUCACACAUUACUUUUUAUUACACAGUGAAUUCUGUGUCUUAUAAAUUACAAAAACUUUCCUGUGUGUAAAUGUUGAAGUCAUACAUGAUAACUGCAUGAUUAGGGACAACGUUAUAAAUUUUUUUUAACUUCUUUUCAUUUUUUUUCUGGUAUAUAUUUUAUGCCAAAUAUCAGUCCAGGUUUAACGCCUGAUGCUGCAUUUGGACACUAACUUAUUGCUUUCGUUCUUUCAAACAAAGAACAGUAAAAUUUCACUAGUAAUAUGUUGUUUUGAUGUAAAAUGUUUUAUUGUUGUAUAUGUAAUGGUUUUAACAUGGAUGAAUGUAUUUUAUCAUCGUUUCGAAGAUAUUAAAAAAU